CGCAAUUUCUGAACAGAAAGAAAGGAAAACUCGUUCUUGCCGCCUAGAGUCUAGAUAAUCAGACUUUUCAACUCCUCACCAAAUUCACGGAGACGCGGUUUCGACACUUACGCAAACCCAGUUCAUCUUCCCCAAUUUCCCCCUUCAUAAAACCCCCUUUCCUCAAUCGAACCCCUUCACCGUCAAAUAUGGCAUCAAUCUACAGUUGUAAAGAAUGUGGUACAAACUUCAAUCUCCAUACCAACUACCUUUACCCACCGGAUUUUUACUUCGAAGCAGGCAACAAAGGUACUUCAUCUUUUUCCGCUGUUGAUUCAUCCAAAUUCAAGUUCGAGAAAGAAGAUAAAAUUAGACCCUUUUUCGAGACCCUCGAUUAUUGGGGAAUCCAGAGGAAAAGGACCAAGAUGAUGUGUAUGAAUUGUGGGAAGCUUGUGGGCUAUGUAUAUGAUGAUGGGCCACCCAUGACUGAUAGUCCGGGUCAGUUUCAUUUUGGACCUAGUCAGGUUAUUCCUAGAGCUGCAAGGUAUAGGAUAAAGAACAAAGCUUUGAAGGUUACUUCUGAGACUUGACAUGUUAUUCUAUUUUUUUUUAAAAAAUAAUUUUGGCUAAUUUUGAGAUGUUGAGGUUUGUAUAUGGAUUUACGAGAUGUAUGAUAUUUGUGCAUAUGAAAUUUUGAUUUUUUACGUUUUGUUGGUUUUGUGACUAGUUUCAUUUCUUGUAAAUAUUCAUUCUGGAUGAAUAAAAAGACUCACCUUUUUUGA